GCUCGCCAGGUUAGGGACUGGUGUUGCUGUCGCUCCGCUUGCGUCUCUCUCGGGGUGCUCGCUGCUCUAGCCACGGACAUGUGAUUAAGUGUUCUGACGAGUCUCAUCUUCUGAUUUUGAGGGUGGAGUGUUUGUGCUGAAAUACUGUUUAUGGCUCGACGCACAGAGUUUCCUAUUGCCUUUCACAUAUAAUAUAUAAAACUCUGUUCUAGUUCAUCUGAAAGUGCAAAGGUGAAUGUCACCCUCGUGGCCUAUACCGAAGUCAUUUUACUAUCUUACGGACAACGACACUGGUUAAGUUACGUAUUUGAAGAAACAGACCACAGGUGGUGAAAAUGCUUGGCGUGAAUUUGCCUUGUUUACUACAUAAUAAAUGAGAGUGGGCUGAUUCAGCGCAGAAAAUAUCUUUUAUAUCAAAAAAUGGUGCCACAAAAAUAGAUUUAGCAUUGUAAUGAAUUAGUGAGGUUCUUGUUAUGAGGAAAAAUAUGAUAAGCGAUAAUCCCAGUACUGCUUAGGAAUUAAAACUACCAACUGCAUUCGAAUCUGAAGAAAAUGGACAGUUACCGAGUGAAUUACAGCAGAAAUAGACAUUAGGAGAGAUUUACUAACCACUAGUGUAAAGAAAAUAGCGUGAUAAAUAAAGACGAAACGACAGCCUGAGCACUGAAGCAAACGCAGGUGCAGUGAGGCGGUCGUGGCCGGAGGGAGGGCGGCUGGGAACGAGCAGUGUGGGGGGGUUGGUGUGUCUACUGUGCAGGAGAAUGGAAUACGGAAAGGACACGGAUCUCUGAGCGUUUGGGUUUAGUGUUGUGCUGAAGGCGAGUGUCAGUGGUGCCCGAUUUUUUAUUUUUUUUAUUUUUUUAUUUUUUUGAUAAGCAUUGCGUUGUGGUAAAGGGUUAGAAAAAGGAUGAUUGUGUCGCAGAUAAAUCGAAAGAGUGAUAUGGUUCGAUUAAGGAAGCCUUGUGGUUGUUGAUUUAAAGUGGAAACCGUUAGAAAUGGCAUCGUUCCUGCAGUACGCCCUUUCGCCGUUCCCGAGGCGACGCUCUCGGAAAAGCGAACGUGACCGGGCUUCCACUGCCUCCCAGGACACCGGCAGUACCUCCAGCACGCCCACGCCGCCCUCGCCCGCCCCGAAGACGCGCUCGGUGGGCAUUCAGACGCCGGUGCUCGGGCGUCGAGCGUUCGGCCCCGAGGACAUCCCGGGGACGCCGACUGCCUUCAGGAGACUCAAGGACAAGACGCGGGGAUGGCAAGCGUCGCCCUUGCUCAGCCGGCGCGCCUCGCAGGCCACCCUUCGCGAGGGGAGCGCCACGCCCACCGCCUCGAGAAAGCUGAUCUCUCCGCCCACGGAAGCCCUGCACUCACCCACGCCCUCGCGCAGGAACAUCUCGCCGCCUGCCGCCUCCUCCUGCGCCUCCCUCAGCAGCCACGAGCCGCCCCCGACGCCUUCGUCCUGCACGUCCUACAACUGCGAAUCCCCCCCGACGCCCUCCUCGACGCGCCGCACCCCCUCCCACUACAGCGUGGACAGCACCAACGCCCACGUCGUCCACGUCGGGGCGGCGGGGCUGGGCCUGGGGGGGCUGAGAGGGUGGGAGAGGGAGGUGGUGCUGAGGGAGGCGUGUGGGAGGAAGACGGUGGUGCGGGAGAGCGUAAGGAUGUCGCAGUGCGUCGUGUGGGAGUGCCUGCCCAUCCCGGGGCCGCUGAGGAAGCGCUCGCACCACAAAGGUCAGUUCAAGUGGGACGUCGGUUCAGGGGGACGUCAGUUCAGGGAGACGUCGGUUCAGUAGAGACUUGGCACGUA